AUGUCUUUGCUGACGCUGUCACUGCCGCCAGCUCCCCUGGGCGCCAACGAAACUAAUGUUGUCUUAGGCCUUGGUGGCUACUUCACGCAAAAGCGCGUUGAAAAUGUAGGUCGUGCCUUUAAUAAGCGCGCUCGCAAUAUUGCGCGCGGUCGCUCGGCCAGUUGUGAGGACGUGGACGACGCGGUAAAGGCGCGUGAUGCUCUGCGUAAGCACGAAGAGUCGGUCUUGCGCAAAUAUCGCCGCAGUAUUCGUGGCAAAAACUUUCUGGAUUUGACAAUGUACCAGCAAUUGGGCUUGGCGGACGUCGGCUUUGAUGUGACAGAUGAGCAGGUGAAAAAGGCAUACCACCGCGUCUUGAUUGAACAUCACCCGGACAAGACGGGCAAAACAGAAAAUGAUCCCAAUUAUCUGGCCGUACAGAAAGCAUUUACGACGCUUAUGGAUCCUCAGAAGAAACGUGCGUAUGACUCUCAGUGCGAUUUUGACGAGUGGAUUCCGACAGGCAACGAAAAGAUUAAGGAGAAUGAUCCGAAUGGAGAGGGAAAGAGCUUUUACGAGCUUUAUGGAUCCGUCUUUGCAGCCAAUGCUCGUUUUAGUGAGAACAAACCUGUGCCCGAAUUGGGUGGAGACGACAAACCUAUUGAUGAAGUGUACGCGUUUUACGACUUUUGGAACAAAUUUGACUCGUGGCGUGAUUUCACGCAUGAUUCAGAGCAUGAUGUAGAUUCGGCUGAGCAUCGCGAUCAUAAGCGUUGGAUGGCCAAAAAGAACGAGGCAGCUGCUAAGAAGAAAAAGAAAAAAGAGUACGCUCGGUUGGCCAGUCUUGUGGAUCGCGCAUUGGCCAAUGAUCCGCGGAUCCGUCGUAUCAAGCAGGAAGAGAAGGAUCGUAAGGCCCGUGCCAAGCGUGAGAAGGAGGAGGCCGCGCAACGUCUGAUUGAUGAAGAGAACCGAAAGAAGGACGAUGCUGAGCGCGCUGCUAAAGAAGCUGAGGCGAAAGACAAAGAACUGCGCAAGGACGCCAAGAUGGCAAAGGAUAAGCAGAAAAAAAUGUUUCGCAAAGUAAAAAAGGCAUUCCGUGAACUUAUGACAGCUGCCCAUGAGCAAGGUCUUGAAGGAUCCAUCGACGUCGUCAAGACGGAGGAUUUAUGCGACUCGCUCGAUAUGGAAGCGUUGCAGGCACUUGUGACUGCUUGUGGAGAUACUCCCGACAAGUUGAAUGCAUCAGGCCUGACUGAAGUCAUUGCCGCCUUAGACAAAAUGCAGUAA